AUGUCGGUCUUUAUCAGCUCGAGAAGCGUUCCGAUAGGAUACAACACGCCCGAGUUUCCGUCGUUAUUCUGGCCCGUCGGCCCAGCACGACCUUCGUAUUUGAAUUCCUUCCUAUACUACUCGUGGGACGUAUGGCGAUUCACCGUCUACUGGUCACUAAUACUUUCCGGCGGGCUUUAUUUCUGUGUCGGGGUCAUUGCCUCAGUCAGCAGCAUAGUCAACAAUUACCGACACAAGCUCCCCGUCGGAGCCCCGAAAAUGAUCUCAACAGUGACUAUCAUCCUUUUUUACGUGUUUGUCGGCUUGCUCAAGGGCUUUAUUGGAGGUGCUAUCAUCGGGAUCAUCUUGGCUGCUAUAUACCAAGCUGGUAGCUUGGCGAUGAGUGCGUGGAUCCCCUUGACUUGGUCAAUUGCACAGCUAUUGUACGACAUAACUUCGUCGUACCUGACGAGCUCAAUAAUUCUCUAA